AGAUAAGAUAUAAAUUUGUGCAUUCUCAGCCAAAAAAAUAUAUACAUACAAAAAAUACACUUUUUUUUUUUUUUUUCCCUCCUUUUUGGCACAAAAUCCAUAUGGAUGUUUAAUUCUUACAUGAUCACUGACUUGUUUAAUUCUGAGCUUUAUCUUGAAUAACUGAAGAAAAAUGGGUCCUUGUUCAUCUGCUUCUUCUUUGUCUUCUUCAACCUCCUUCACACCCUCUUUGUUCAAGAAUGAGACACCUCGUCUGAGCAAGUUCUUCAUUUUGCCAGGAAAAUCACAUUCCUCCUUAUGGGUUUCUCAGGUUGGUUCAACAACCACCCUUGCAAGAAAGCACUUUCAGCUCAAAUCCUCAAAUGGGCAUCCACUAGAUGCAGUUUCUUCGCAUGAUGGUCUAGUGGAAAAUCCUCUGGCCAGUAAGCCCCAAGGUGAAGGACUCUUUUCAUUCUCUGAACAAGAAAAUGUAGAAUCUUCCGUAAGUAUAACUGUUGUUGGUGCUUCUGGAGACCUUGCGAAAAAGAAGAUUUUUCCUGCACUUUUUGCUCUUUAUUAUGAGGAUUGUCUACCUAAGAACUUCAUAGUGUUUGGUUAUGCACGGACUAAAAUGAAUGACGAGGAAUUAAGAAACAUGAUUAGCAAAACUUUGACUUGCAGAAUUGAUAGGAGGGAGAAUUGUGAAGACAAAAUGGAACAGUUCUUGCAAAGAUGCUUUUACCAUUCCGGUCAGUAUGAUUCUGAGGAGCACUUUGCGGAAUUGGACAAGAAGAUGAAAAUGAAGGAGGAUGGAAAAUUGGCACAUAGGCUAUUCUACUUAUCGAUUCCUCCAAACAUAUUUGUGAACGUGGUAAAAUGUGCAAGUCUGAGAGCUUCUUCAGCAAAUGGGUGGACAAGGGUCAUUGUAGAAAAGCCAUUUGGUCGUGACUCAGAGUCAUCUGGUGAACUAACAAGAUGUUUGAAGCAAUACCUUGCAGAAGAUCAAAUAUUCAGGAUUGACCAUUACUUGGGCAAGGAGCUUGUUGAAAAUCUGUCAGUGCUUCGAUUCUCCAAUCUUGUUUUUGAGCCUCUCUGGUCCCGGAGCUACAUUCGCAAUGUUCAACUGAUAUUUUCUGAAGAUUUUGGUACAGAGGGACGAGGAGGAUACUUUGACAACUAUGGAAUCAUACGAGAUAUAAUGCAAAAUCAUCUUCUGCAAAUACUGGCAUUGUUUGCAAUGGAAACACCUGUCAGCCUAGAUGCUGAAGACAUUAGAAAUGAAAAGGUAAAGGUUCUAAGAUCAAUGAGACCACUGCUGCUUGAAGAUGUAGUUGUUGGUCAGUACAAAGGCCACAGCAAGGGUGGUAAAUUGCUUCCUGCUUAUACAGAUGAUCCAACUGUGCCAAAGGGAAGUGUCACUCCGACAUUUGCGGCUGCAGCUCUCUUUAUCGAUAAUGCCAGAUGGGAUGGGGUUCCUUUCCUAAUGAAAGCAGGAAAGGCACUCUAUACUAGGCGAGCAGAGAUCAGAGUUCAGUUCAGACAUGUACCUGGAAACUUGUACAGACGGAACUUUGGAACUGAUUUAGAUAAGGCUACGAAUGAACUUGUGCUUCGUGUACAACCUGAUGAAGCCAUAUAUUUGAAGAUAAACAACAAAAUUCCUGGUCUUGGAAUGAGAUUAGAUCGCAGUGACCUAAAUUUGCUUUACCGAGCAAGAUAUCCAAGAGAAAUACCAGACGCAUAUGAAAGACUACUCUUAGAUGCGAUUGAAGGGGAAAGAAGGUUGUUCAUCAGAAGUGAUGAACUUGAUGCUGCUUGGGCAUUAUUCACACCAUUGUUGAAGGAACUUGAAGAGAAGAAGAUCAUCCCCGAGCUCUACCCCUAUGGUAGUAGAGGACCAGUUGGAGUGCAUUAUCUGGCUGCGAAGUACAAUGUUAGAUGGGGAGAUCUGAGUGAGUGAGGAUUCAUGAGUUGCAGAUCUCUGUUCUAUACUUUGAGAUUCGUAUGACAGGUUCCUUUUCACAAUUCAGCUAUUGAUUCUUUUUAAGGUCUCUAAUGUAUUGAAUUAUAAUUCUAAUGUUUUGUCACAUGGUGAGAGCGAAGGCUUGCUGUAUAAAACUUAAAUGCUAUAUGCUUCAAAGUUUUCAUUUGUUGAAUAAAAUGAAUAAAGAUGCAUAUGAAAUUGUAAUUUGAAAA